AUGGGCCUGUUCAAGAGUUUCCUCGACAUCUUUUGCGAGCAUUGCUCGACCCAGUCAAUCUACACUCUGGCUGGUGUCGGAGCAUUGUCGUUCAUUGCGCUCUCAGUCGUGAUCAAUGUGUUGAGCCAGCUGUUCUUCAAGAAGGCUCAUGAGCCUCCUGUCGUCUUCCACUGGUUCCCCUUUGUUGGCAGCACCAUCAGUUAUGGCAUGGACCCCUACACUUUCUUCAACCAGGCACGCGCAAAGUACGGCGACAUCUUCACGUUCGUCCUCCUCGGCAAGAAGACCACCGUUUAUCUAGGCACCAAGGGCAACGAAUUCAUUCUCAAUGGCAAGCUUCGUGAUGUCUGCGCCGAGGAAGUUUACUCGCCUCUCACCACCCCAGUCUUCGGCACUGAUGUCGUUUACGAUUGCCCCAACUCCAAGCUUAUGGAGCAGAAGAAGUUUGUCAAGUACGGCCUUACCUCUGAAGCGCUCCGCUCUUAUGUUCCCCUGAUCACCAAUGAAGUCGACAACUUCGUCAAGACCUCUCCCGCUUUCCACGACCCCAAGGGCACCUUCAACGUCUCCAAGGUCAUUGCUGAGAUUACCAUUUACACUGCCUCCCGCUCGCUGCAAGGAAAGGAAGUCCGCGACCGCUUUGAUGCGACUUUUGCAGAGAUGUACCAUGACCUCGACAAGGGUUUCGCGCCCAUCAACUUCAUGCUGCCCUGGGCCCCGCUUCCUCACAACCGCAAGCGCGAUGCUGCUCAGAAGAAGCUGACUGAGACCUACAUGGACAUCAUCAAGGCGCGCCGUGCCGCAGGUGGCGAGAAGGACUCCGAGGACAUGGUCUGGAACCUGAUGUCGUGCACCUACAAGAACGGUACCCCGAUUCCCGAUAGUGAGAUCGCCCACAUGAUGAUCGCGUUGUUGAUGGCUGGCCAGCACUCGUCAUCUUCUACUGCUGCUUGGAUUGUUUUGCGCCUCGCUACCUGCCCUGAGCUCAUCGAGGAGCUCUACGAAGAGCAGAAGCGUGUUCUGGGCUCCGAUCUGCCUGAGCUCACCCACGAAAGCCUCCAGAAGCUUGACCUUCACUCUAAGAUCAUCAAGGAGACUCUUCGUAUUCAUGCUCCCAUUCACUCCAUCAUCCGUGCUGUCAAGAACCCCAUGCCCGUUGAAGGAACCAAUUAUGUCAUUCCUACCACUCACAACGUCCUGUCUUCCCCCGGUGUUACUGCUCGCUCCGAGGAAUUCUUCCCCCAGCCUUUGAAGUGGAACCCUCACCGUUGGGACGAGGUCGAGCCCCCCAAGGACGAGGAUGACGAGGAGAAGAUCGAUUACGGUUAUGGACUGGUCACCAAGGGUACCAACAGCCCCUACCUCCCCUUCGGUGCUGGUCGUCACCGCUGCAUUGGUGAGCAGUUCGCCUAUGUGCAAUUGGCCACCAUUUUAGCUGCUCUCGUGAGACACUUCAAGUUCUCCAUUCCUGACAACAGCGCCCCCUUCCCUGAGACAGACUACUCAUCUCUGUUCUCCAAGCCCAUGGGCACAUCGUUCGUUCAGUACGAGAAGCGUGAAGCCAAGGCAUAA